UGUGGGGUCGGCCAUAUUGGAAUCUGGAGUCUGUAUAGUCCCCUGAAGACACUGAGUGACGGCUUGUUUUGGAGGCUCUAAUAGAGGUAUUCUUUGCCGAUAUUGUGAGCAUUUGAGCCAAGACAAUUCCAGCCGGGCGUCCGCCUUCUCCAGACGGCAAGCUGUCUCUAACUUAAGUCGGAGCGAUGAGCCCCACCGACGCCAAGCGAGGAGCUAAGCGCAGGAAGAACAAGCGGGGCGGUGGCAGCGGCAGCUGCAGCGGCGGAAAGGCCGGAGCUCCGGGCGCGGGCCGCGCUCCCCAGGCGCCCGGGACGCCCGCGGUCAUGGGCUUCCUAUCCGGCGGCGACGCGACCAGCGCCACGGGCCUCAGCGCGGAGGUCUCGGUGAAUGGCGCACAGUUUCCAGAGGGUCCGGUGAAUCCCGAAUUUUCGAACAUGAUGCAGACCCCAUUCACCUUUGGUCUGGGACAGAGGGCACCAUACACAGGUGGCGAGCGCUGCCUCCUCUGCAGGAGCGAGAGGAAGGACUGCCCCUCCCUGGAUGGGGGCGUUGCCGGUUCUAGUGCGGGGCCGCUGUCCGGCUCCUCCUCCUCCUCCCCCAACAGUCUGCUGCAGCUGCCCCUGUGGGUGUGUCCCGAGUGCCGGCGCACCGUGGAGACGGAGGAGCGGCCUGUCACCCGGGACCAGCCAAUCUUGGCCCAGAACCAGGACUACUUGUUGCACAUGCCCUUGGGCAGCGGCGCCUCCGCUACGGAACCCGUGGCAGGAUCUCCGACACUCCCAGGCUCUGGGCUCACUACCCCGCUCUCUUCGGACCCCACGUGCAGCUGCGAGGCCUGUGUUGAGCGCAGGGAGAUUUCGGUCGAGUCUGAGAGAGAGUCCCAGCAGCUGCAGAAUUACUGGUCUGAGGUGCGCUACUUGGUACGGUGCAUUUACCGGCAGACGGGGACACCGCUGGCUGACGACCGCGACCAGCCUUUGGACCGCGACAAGGAGGGCAUGAAGGAGUUGGUAGACAGGCUGUGUGAAAAGGACCCCUACCAGCUGUACCAGCGGCUGGAGCAGCAGGCCCGGGAGUACGUGCUGGAAAUGAAGGUUCGGCUCCUGAAACACCUGUCUGCGGGCUCCAAGGCGUCGGCACCGGCUGUACAGGGGCCCUCGCAGGCCCACCAGUUCAUGUCCCUGCUGCUGGAGGAGUACAGAGCCCUGUGCCAGGCAGCUCGCACCAUCAGCUCCUUCCUCCUCACGUUGGAAAACGAGCACUUGCAGAAGUUUCAGGUGACCUGGGAGCUGCACAACAAGCACCUUUUCGAGAACCUUGUGUUUUCAGAGCCCAUCCUGCACAACACUUUGCCUUCCCUGGUGGCGCAGCUCAGGCACGGGACGGCCUCCCGCGACUCGUACAGUGAAGACAUGUACCGCACAUUGCUGGAGAGCUACCACCAGCUGGACCGGGAGAUGAACGUGGUGGCAGUGGAGUGGCUUGAGUGCGAGAAGCGCAUCGACGACUAUGUGGACGAGCAGGUGUCAUUGAAAACAAAGCAGCGCCUGUUGAAAGAAGAACGGGAAUUCUUUAAACAAAGAAGACUUAUUGAGGAACAGUUAACAGUGAGUAAAAAGUCUCCGGCUGGAGAAGGCAACUUCACAGACACCAUGAGGCAGAUGCUGUCGUCUAGGCUCAACAUACCAGACUGUCCGAAUUGUAAUUAUCGGAGAAGGUGCACCUGCGACGACUGCAGCUUGUCCCAUAUCCUCACCUGUGGCAUCGUGGAUUCGCCUGUCGCUGACGAGCACGACGUCCGGCUGCCUCGGCUGCCCCUGCCCCCAGGGGCGACACCUGGCUUCCUGCACGAGGCGCACCCUCCCAGCGUGUCUUCGGCUAGCUCCGGAUCUGGCUCGGCCUCCAGCUCUCCCGUCACGGUCCAGCAGCACCCCCGUCUUCUCCUCCUCCCUGAUAGCGGUGCUGCCCCUGCCUUCAGUAACAAUGAUGACGAAGUGCCUCUGCUCUCGGCGGACAUCUACCCGCUGAACAGCUACUCAGACGCCAAGGUGGUGGCAGUCAUGAAUGGAAUACACGGCGAACUGAACGGCGGGGGAGAGAAGAUGGCACAAAAGAACGAGUCUCCCAGAGCCAGCAGCAGCUCCAGCUCCAGCUCUUCGGAGGCGGAUGAGGAGGAGGCUGAUCGGGAGAGCGCUGGGGAGCCUCCGGGGCAGCAGGGGGUGCUCUCGCCAGAAAAAAGGGGUGCCUCUAAAGAGACUGCACAGGCUGAAAGUCCACCUCCUUCCUACUCCCAUCAGCAGACGGAGCCCAGCCCACGACCCUGCGAGUGCCACGCCUGCAGCCAGGCGCUGUCCGGGCCGAGCCCGCCGGGUCCUCCUCCAGCCCGCUCGCACCACACCGGGCACCCGUUCCUCCCAGAGAAGGCCUCCCAUCCUGCCUUGCACCUCUACCCCCACAUCCAUGGCCACAUGCCCCUGCACGGCCUAUCGCAUCUUCCCCGGCCCUUGCAUCACCCCACAGUUUACCCCGGCGACCCGCUGCAGCACAGCAAGACUCUGCCAUCGGCCCCAAUAUCCAGCCACGCCAGCGGUAAGCACCAGGUGUUUGCUCCGUCGCUGCCGGACCACGUGUACCAGAGCUGCUUUGGGAACGGCGGCGACUGGAAUGGUGCCCUGCAGUGCCCUUCGCUCAAGCUGGACAACAUCUGGGACACCAAUGUGAUGAAGAGCUGGAACCCUGCCAUCUUCCUGCAGGAGUCGCUUCCAGGCGACAUGCCUGGACCGCCACUCCCCGAAGUCCCGCUGCCGUCAGCCAGCAGCAUGGCCCCCGUCACCACGGAAACCAAGGAGAAGAAAAACGGGGCCAAAAAGAAGUGUCUCUUUAACUUCCAAGAUGCCUUCAUGGAGGCCCACAAAGGGGUGUUGGCGACCUCCUCGUCUUCCCCUCCGGUCUCCUGCACAGCCACCACCACCACACAGUGCAGUGAAGUGUUUCACAGUGUAGGUAAAGAGGACCACAGACAUCCAUCCCCAACUGCCCCCCGCAACAGCCCCACAGGUCUGGCCUCCCUGCCCCCCCUGUCCAGCACACCUCUCCCUCCAGUGUCCACAGCGCACCUCCCCAGUGUGGCCUCGCCGCACUUUCCAAAGAGAGCAGCUCCGGCCCCCGGCUUUCUAGAUGCCUCGCACCAGGGCCUCUACCUCUCCUCAGCCGAGCCUGCUGUUGCACCCCAGGCUGAAGGCUGCGUCAGUGCCCCGCCCAGUGUGUGCAGCGACCCGGACUGUGACGGACACCGGUGCGAGGCCAACAGCGGCUACGACCACCAGCCCUACGAUGGCGAGGAAAGCCAGGACGAGGACAGCUGCUCCGAGCACAGCUCCAGCACCUCGACCUCCACCAACCAGAAGGAGGGAAAGUACUGUGACUGCUGCUACUGUGAAUUCUUCGGCCAUGGUGGGCCCCCUGCCGCCCCGACGAGCCGGAACUUCGCAGAGAUGCGUGAGAAGCUGCGGCUGCGGCUCACGAAGCGGAAGGAGGAGCAGCCGAAGAAGGAGGACCACGUGCCUGACCGAGACGGCCUGGAGGACAACCGCAAGGUGGAAGACUUGCUGCGGUUCAUCAACAGCACUGACAGCAAGCCCACCAGCGGAGCGAAGGCUGCAAAGCGAGCCCGGCACAAGCAGAAGAAGAUGGAGGAGAAGGCGCGGGUGGAGGCGGAGGCACGAGAGAAAGAGGAGCGGCAGAGGGAGGAGGACGCACUGAAACAAGAGCUGCUUCGCCUCCAGGAGCUUCAGCAUCUCCGAGCGGCGAAGAAGAAGAAGAAGGACAAGGCCAAGGAGGCGCAGAAGCCGGACGCAGCUCCUCAGAAUCCGCAGCCCCUGAAGGAGUCUGCGCAGAAGGUCCUGGACAGCUUCACCAACGGUAAAACCCACCUGCUGCACAAUGUCAAUCAGAUACCGGCACCAUGUACAGGACAGGCGGGGCCCAGGGCAGAGCAGGAUGGCAGCGUUAGCAAGCAGCCGCUGGCAAACGGGAAGGACACAGGACCGCAGCAGGUCCAGCUGAGUUCCAGUCCAAACAGCGACCGCGAGAAACUGGCAGAGGUGGGCGCAUCGCCUCGCGGGCACAACGGCAAGUCCCGGCUAAAGCAGCCUCCAAGCGGGCCCUUGGUGGAGAGCGGAACGAGGUCGACAGAGAACACCAAGAGAGCGGCAAAUGUCAGCCCAGCUACAUGCGAUCCUUCACUGUUGGAGGCCAAAGCCAGGCCCUGUGAGGAGCCCGGAACAGACGUGAAGAAAGAGGACCGGACAAACACCUCGGGGGGCAAGAAGCAGCUGAACCACGUCAAAGAGGAGAAGGUGGAACUUCCACAAACAGCACCACCACCACAAGCACCACCACUGCAGGCCGAUUCACCACAGCUGAAUGGCAAGGCCCACACAGCCGAGUCCCCGCAGCCCAAAGGAAAGGCUAAGAAGAACAAAAAGAAGAAGGGAGACAAGACAAAUAAUUCCAUAGAUGAUGUGUUUCUACCCAAAGACAUUGAUCUGGACAGCGUCGAAAUGGACGAGACGGAGCGCGAAGUGGAGUACUUUAAAAGGUUCUGCCUGGACUCAGCCAGACAGACACGACAGCGACUCUCCAUCAACUGGUCCAAUUUUAGUCUGAAAAAAGCCACGUUCGCUGCCCACUGAUGGACAUACAACGAUAUUUGUUUAGAGGGGAAAAGGAAAAAAAAUACACAGAAACAGAACUUUGGGGGGAACGAUUCUCCCUGAAGACCUGUGCCCUCGGCCCCCACCCCACCCCCCUCCCCCUGCUGUGCGAAACAUGCUCCUCUGGCCCGCGAGGCCACCGCUGCCUUGCCUUGUCCCUGCUGCUAUGCGGUUCCUUUCUGGAACACGUCUGCCGUAAUAUUCUAGCAAAACUGGGAAAAAAAAAAAAAAAAAAGAGAAACGACAAAACUCAAAAUGCUUCUUUCUACCGGGAUUUGUUUGCUUGUGUGCUUUUCAGUCUGUGCAGGAUGUUCUGGAGGCAGGAUCCCUGUUUAUCCUGGCUUUUCUUUGGCUUCUAGGGUCCCAGCUGCUUCAUAUAUGUUUGGAUACUGAUCCCUCCAAAGCAAAACAAACAGGAGGCGAAAGAUCAGUAUAAAAAAAAAGCCCUUUGAGGGAGAAGCCACAUUAUCAAAAUUCACACACACAGACCCCUCCCCCCAAUACACGCUCACGCCUCUGAAUUCAGAUUACUGUCAAGGAACUGGCGUGGUCAGCAAAUGCUUCUGUUGAGCUCCAGCCUUAACAUACACACACACACACACACGCACGUGCGCGCGCACACACAACGCCCACAUCAUUUUCCUCCAAGCAGGAGGGAGGCCUCUACUUGACAAGAUUACUUAGUUCCAUUUUACAGUCCACAGAGUGUACAAGUUGUGCAACUUUUUUUUGUCUUUUUUUUUUCUUUUUUUUUUUUUUGUUUGUAGCCAGCUUGUAUCAGAAUGAAAUUGAAAAAGAGAACAAUACUCACACUAUCAAUCUGUUAUAGAGUGUAUAUUGUGUUAACACUGAAGCCGGAUUGGCUACUUUUUAACAUAUUGUUAAGUAAUAUAAAAAAGAAACUCUUGUCUUUCUUUUUUGAAAGAUGGAAUACAGUAGUAUGG